CCAGUCAAUGACCUAGAAGGAAAGUGUGAGGAAGUGCUUGACCAACAGGACGUUCAGCUGCAGUGUGUUUAGUUUCUAAAGCGAUGUUGGAGAACAUAGACGGAGAGAGUGCUGGACUCGGGGCGAACAGGAUGGUGUUACAGCAGGCUUUAUGUUUUCGUAGCCCUGCUCCACCACCUACCACAGUGUUACGAGGACCUCCUCCAUUACUACGACCCCCACCUCUGCCCUUCAUCAUGAUGAGAGGACCUCCACCACCCCCUAGACCCCCUUUUGGUAGACCACUGUUUGACACCAAUAUGCCACCGAUACCCCCACCUAUCGGACCCCCACACUUGCAGAGGCCGCCGUUCAUGCCUCCACCAAUGGGUAACAUGCCUCCUCCUCCUGGUAUGAUCUUUCCACCUGGAAUGCCUCCAUCGCCAGGAACUGGAGCGGUUUCGAGCUUGACUAGUGAUGAAAUCUGGGUAGAGAACACCACACCAGAAGGAAAGGUAUAUUACUACAAUGCCCGGACACGUGAGUCGGCCUGGACCAAACCAGAGGGAGUAAAGAUCAUCCAGCAGUCAGGGCUCAAUCCUCUAAUGGUAGCUCAGUCCGGAGGAGCUGCAGCGGCUCCUGCAGCUACCUCCAGCAGCGCUACCACGGUUGUGCCCGAGCCAGUCUCCACUCAGAGCCUGUCCCCCAACCACACCCUCAGCACCAGUCCUGACCCCAGCACCAGUCCAGCCCCCGCUGCCUCCCAACCCUCCACAACUUCUGUUGUUUCUGAGAUGCCUUCAGUGGCCUCUACAUCUCCGGCCAGUGUAGGUGUGACUCCUGUUGUUGUGGUCAGUGUUCCUACAGUAACCGCUACGGUCACUGCAGUGCAGACAAUGCCGCUGUUGCCUCAAAGUCUCCCUCCUGGCCUGCCCGUGGCCCAGCCAGCUGCUGCAAUCUCAGCAUUUCCCCCGCUCAUGGUACCUCCAUUCAGAGUGCCCCUACCUGGCAUGCACAUCCCACUGCCUGGUGUGCUGCCAGGGAUGGCCCCUCUAGUACCCAUGAUGCAUCCCCAGCUAGCUAUCACUGCAGCUCAUGCAUCUCUUAGGGGGGCUCUUCCACUUCCAGAAUGGUCUGAGUACAAGACAGCUGAUGGGAAGAUGUAUUAUUAUAACAAUCGCACUCUGGAGUCCAUCUGGGAAAAGCCUGCUGAGCUAAAAGAGAGAGAUAAGGACAGUGACAAGGCUAAAGAUGGCCAUAACAAUGAUGAUUCAGUUUUAAAGGAUAUAGACAUGGAAGCCAAAGCUGGCAGCUUUGGUGGUUCUAAAGAGUUGCCCAGGGAAGAAGACAUGACAGAGGAGGAAAAAGCAGCUCAGAAGGCAAAACCUGUUGCCACAAACCCAAUUCCUGGUACUCCCUGGUGUGUAGUCUGGACUGGAGAUGACUGUGUGUUUUACUAUAACCCCACCACACGACUGUCCAUGUGGGACCGACCUGAGGAGCUGGUGGGACGUGCUGAUGUGCACAAAUACAUUCAAGAACCCCCCCACAAAAGGGGGCUAGAUGACAACAAGAAAAUAGGUUUCAACAAAGAGGUGAUUGACACAACCAUAGAGGACACACUGGACGAUGAGCCUUCUAAGGCUAAGAAGAGGAAGAAGGACGAUAUAAAGGAGGCUGACGCAGAGAAAGACACAGCCGUGGAGGCCGAGCUGAAGGCCACUCGCGAUCGGGCCCUGGUGCCCCUGGAGGCCCGCGUGAACCAGUUCAGGGACAUGCUGCUGGAGAGAGGGGUUUCAGCUUUUUCCACUUGGGACAAAGAGCUGCACAAGAUUGUGUUUGACCCUCGAUAUUUGCUGCUCAACCCCAAAGAGAGGAAACAGGUGUUCGAUCAGUACGUGAAGACUCGUGCUGAAGAGGAGAGGAAGGAGAAGAAGAAUAAACUCAUGCAGGCUAAAGAGGACUUCAGGAAGAUGAUGGAAGAUGCCAAACUUCACAAUAGAACCACGUUCAGUGAGUUUGCAGCAAAACACUCUAAAGAUCCUCGCUUCAAGGCCAUUGAGAAGAUGAAGGACAGAGAGGCCAUGUUCACCGAGUUCAUGACAGCCUUGAGAAAGAAGGACAAGGGAGACUCCAAAAACAAAGUAGAAAAGGUGAAGCAGGACUUCUUCGAUUUACUGUCAGACCACCAUGUGGACAUCUCUCAGCGCUGGAGCAAAGUGAAGGACAAGCUGGAGACGGACCCGCGCUACAAAGCCGUGGAGAGCUCCGCUGCUAGAGAAGAACUGUACAAACAGUAUGUGGAGAAGCAGGCGAAGAACAUGGACGCAGAGAAGGAGAAAGAGCUGGAGCGGCAGGCUCGUAUCGAGGCCAGUCUGAGGGAGAGAGAGCGGGAGGUGCAGAGAGCUCGGUCUGAACAAACCAAAGAGAUUGACAGAGAGAGAGAGCAGCAUAAACGAGAGGAAGCUGUCCAGCACUUUAAAGCACUCAUGUCAGAUAUGGUAAGGUCAACGGAUGCUUCCUGGUCAGAAACGAGGCACAAUCUGCGUAAAGACCACCGGUGGGAGUCUGCUGCUCUGCUGGAGCGACAUGGGAAGGAGAAAUUGUUUGAAGAACACGUGGAGGCUCUUACCAAGAGGAAGAAGGAACAUUUCAGGCAGCUGCUGGAUGAGACCUCCAUGAUCUCACUAACCACCACAUGGAAGGAAGUCAAGAAGAUCAUCAAAGAUGACCCACGCUGCAUCAAGUUCUCCAGCAGUGAUAGAGUGAGUGGAAUUGUUUAGUUGACAUAUGUGAC